AUGUCAUCAUCCAGGUCCAGGCUGCCUCUGCUCCUGCACGGGAUCCUGUUGUGCAGCUCCUUCGCUCCUCUCCCGGUCAUCAGCAGCAGGAGACAGAGCCUCCGGAGCGUCCGGAGCGCAGGGCCGCUGGUGCGCUCCUGGGAUAAGAGGGAGGAUAUGGCUGGAGAUGGAGAGUACCUUCUGGGGAUAAAGAGACUGAGGAGGCUGUACUGUAACGUGGGCAUCGGGUUCCACAUCCAGGUCUUACCAAACGGCAAGGUCACUGGAGUGCAUAAUGAAAAUAGAUACAGCCUUCUGGAAUUGUCCCCGGUGGAGAGAGGAGUGCUGACUCUUUUUGGAGUGAGGAGCGGCCUCUUCAUCGCUAUGAGUGACAAAGGGAAGCUCUAUGGCUCGGGCAAUUUCAACGAUGAGUGCAAGUUCAAGGAGAAUCUCCUGGCCAACAACUAUAACGCCUACGAAUCAGCGGCUUACCCUGGCAUGUACAUCGGCCUCAGCAAGACCGGCAAAACCAAGAGGGGCAACCGGGUCACCCCCACUAUGACCAUGACACACUUCCUUCCCAGGAUAUGA